AUGGAGAAAGAAGGAGAGUGUGAUAACAUCAAGUUAGGUGAUCAGAUAUAUCCUGAUGAGCCGUCUUUUUGUUCCGAGAUGGAAACCGAAACCAUUGCUUCAUCUCAGAAGAAUGAAGGAGGUGAGGGGAGUAAUGUGGUCUUUUCAAGAGAGGCGCCUCUUAUAGGCAAGGAUCCAGCUGGUACUAAUUCGGGGGAAUGUUGUGGUUGUAGUGUAAAGAAACUAAAUUUCAAAGGCAAUGAGGAUCUCGUCGCUGAGAAGGAAAAUGUCGUGCAGCAGAAAAAGCUUAAUAGGCACGAUAGAAUCGAGUUGGGACGACUUUUUCAAGGUGCUGUUACAUCACUGGAUUGGGAACUUGCUGAGAGAUUUAUUCUGAUGGCUGAUCAGCAUACUUUGAAUGAUUUGUUGUGCGUUGGUUUAGACUCCGUUUGGUUUUUGAGUACAAAGCACGAGUUUCAGGGGAUUACUGGAUUGAUUAAGAAGAUCAUAGGUCAUGGUGCUCAUGACUUUACUAGAGCUGCUCUUAGGACUUCAUUUCUUGCUUCAUGUGUCUCUGCUUGCCAGAGCCGGACAAUGAGUCUUGCUGAUACAGUAACUGUUAUGGCUCAAAGGUUGCAUGAGCGUCUCCAAGAGUGCAACGGGGAUGAGAUUCUGAAAGCAGAGGCUGGAGCAAAAGUUCAGAAGUUCACUGAAUGGGCUCUCAAAUGUAUAGGUUUCCACUCCAGAUGCCAGGGUGCAAGAGAUAGAGUUAGCCACAAUUCAGCUGCUGAAAUUGAACUACAGCUUUCGGCUUUCAAGAUGUUCUUAGAUCUAGCAGGAAACCAUCUCUCCGGAAGAGAUUUCACGGAGGCCUUUGAUGCUGCUUGUUUCCCGCUCACUCUGUUUUCUAACUCGUUUGACUCUGGUUGGGCCUCUGGAAUAUCAGUUACUGUCAUACAGGGACUGCUCGGUAUGCUGGUUGAAGGUGGUGCAGAUAACGUAAAUCAAUGUUUCCUUGAAGCUUCACGUUUCGGUAGUACAGAACUUGUUCGCGUCUUGUUGCAGAUUGCUCAAAGGAACAGCUUAGAUGUGGAUGUGGACUUAGCUUUGGGUUUUGCUUCACAUUAUUGUAAAAUUGGGACAAUGAAGUGCCUAGUGGAAGAAGGCCAUGCCAUUGCCUUUUUGGGCCCUUUGAUGAGAGCAGCAGAGAGAGGUUGUAUGCAAGUUGUUCAAUGGUUUGUGAAAAGAGGUUGCCGUGACAUGGAGCUUUGUCUUGCUCUAACAGCCGCCACUUCAAGUAGCCAAGUCGAGGUCGCUGCUUAUCUCCUCCCUCGUGUUCCGCCACCUGUACUAACCGCUCUCAGCAUCGAAAUCCUCAAAGCAGCUGGAGAAAGAAGCGGAGGGUCUCUCCAAGGAGUAGAGUUUCUCCUCAAAGCAGACUUCUUAGGAGAUUCCGUGGCCACAUACUCAGUAGCAGACAGCAUCGCGAGGUCAUCAGACGACGAAUCCGUACCUUCGGAUCUAAAAUUGUUUCUCCAAGAACAUUGGUCAGAAUCAGCUUUUGAGAAAGGAAUGAGAGAAAGUCAUGAGAAUUUCAUGAAUUUUAUGAGGGUUUUGAAGAAAGGCGAGUCUGCGAUAUCGUUAAGAGACCUUCCUGCGCCUCUAAGAGUAGCGAUUGCCUACAUGCCGCUGUACAGAGAGUGCGUGAAUGCGGGCGGGCGGUUACUAUCUCAGAGGCUAAGAGGUCAGCUCGUGGAAGCUGUGAGACAGCUCCAAGGAUGUCUUGUUGCAGUUGUGGAAGUAAGCGAGACUCAUCACCUUAUGGCGAUUUUGGAGCAUCACCUUACCGCCAUUUACGGGUAA